AUGGACGCUCGUCAUGCUUCACUGGUAGCAACCGCAAAUACCGCGACUAGCCUCUCAGAUGAUGAUAUUAUCAGCAAAGAUGUGGUUGAUCGCGGGUUUCUAACCAUAGAAGAUGCUGAAUGCUUCCUCUCUACGUUUAAAGUGAGAAUGAUCGAACAUUUUCCAUUCGUUGUGGUUCCCCCGGACAUGAUGGCGGAGGAACUUCGCCGGGAUAGGCCGUUUCUCUUCCUCUCUAUCAUCUCGGCGGCAUCUUACUCAAAUAUGCCACUACAACGGAAAUUGGGAGAGGAAGUCAAGUCAGCUAUUGCCUCGCGGAUGAUCGUCAACGGAGAAGUUUCCUUCGAUCUGCUGCAAGGAUUGCUGGUCUCCCUAGCUUGGUGCCAUUAUCACACGCGGCCGUAUCGUUACACCCAAUUUCUCCAGUUAGCUAUUGGCCUCAUUAUCGAGUUGCGGUUGGAUAGACCGCCGCAGACGAAAGUAUGGAAAUCAGGGAUCCGAUUCACAUCAAAUUACGACCCGGACGAUGAUACUCUUACUAGACCGUCAUUCGGCCGUGAUGAGCAGAGGGUUGUAGCAGGUUGCUACUAUCUAUCCUCGACAAUCUCCGGACUUUUGCAGAAACAGCUCACCUUUCCAUAUACCGCUUACCUCGAAGAAUGCUGCAAAUCUAUUUACGAUGCGGCUGAGUACCCGUAUGACAAAUCCAUCCUCUACAUCGUUCAGCUCCAGCAUAUUGUGGAAAAAGUCAAUCGUAUAACCUUUCAGCACGGGAUGGAGCUGAAGAACUCUGGGUCGGCGAUGGAGCUAUAUGUCUUAGGCUUGAAAUCUGAGUUAGAGGCAUUCCGUGUCCGGUCAGGGUUUACUUCAGACGAGACACCGCUUACUACUAUGCAGUUCCACACCGCUGAGCUUUCUCUAUACCAGUUGAGCCUACUGAACAAACGCAGACAGCAAUCUGGAUCUAUGCAGACUACGUUAUCGGAUGAUAUGUUAUACGCAGGUGGCAUGGCGGCACAAUCUAUACUUGAACUUUAUCUAUCACUACCGCCCCGCUCAGAAACCAGCUUCAAUAACACUGAAUGGGUUCAGAUUGGAUUUGCUUUGAUUAUCGCAUGUAGGCUAGCAGCCAAAGCCCCUAUAGCUGAACCGGCAGUUUUCCGCCAGCACAAGGAAUCACUCUCAAAUACUCUGAUGAGGUUAAAAUUGCGGGUAUCGGAACUAUCCACGGAUAUGGUCGAUAUGAAUGGAGAUAGGGACGUUUUCUCAAACUAUAUCGAUCGUGUUGCUCGACUUCAAGCUUGGCUGGAUAAAAGACUCGAGAAAACAGACUCCUCUGACAUUAACAAUGCUGCCCCGGAAGAACCGCGAACAAUAGAGGGCACCCCCAGUUUAGAAAAUCAACAGUUAGCUGAUGCCUCGAGAGUUAUACACGAUUCUUCGCCUUCCGAUUUAUUUGCUAGUAUGGCGAAUGGCUAUCCCUCAAUGGAGGAGGAUGAUUUCGCUUACACUAUAGAUCAAAUGCUGGAUAAUUGGAUGUGA